AUGGUUUCCGUUAGUGACCAACUUUUUCAUUUGCAAAUCCUCAGUGCCACCAUGCAAUAUGGUGGCAGUAUAGCACUGACAGACGAACGUACGGGUGUGAACCUGACAUUCAACCAGCUUCGGAAUAAGUCUUACAGUUUCGCUAAUGCUCUUAAACAACUGAAUGCCAAAAAAGGCGACAUUGUGGUUGUUUGCUUGGAAAAUUGUUAUCAGUAUGCUGUCAUCUUUCUGGGUAGUGCGCUAGUAGGAUGCUCCAUAUCGGGUAUCCAUCCAGAAUCCACUCAACAUGAGCUGAAAAAAGCUUUGGAAUUAACAAAUGCUAAAUUUCUGAUUGUUUCAUCUCAUAAUUAUCAUAUCGCUGUCAAUUAUGCUGCACAAUGCAAGUUAAUAAUCCUGGAUAAACAUUUUGCUCAAUUUGAAAAUGAUUUCGAUAGUUUGAUCAAAAAGUGGGAGGAAAAUUCGAUUGGUACCAGUGAGAUAGACAUUACACUGGAUGACGUACUGCUAACACCUUUUAGUAGUGGUACUACUGGAUCAUCAAAAUGUGUCCAGCUGACUCAUCGUAACUUCAACGUUUCAACUGCUAUCCUUAAACAGGCAUUAUUUGACAAAUUAUCGGAAGGCCGCCGACGCGUAACUAUUGGCAUACUACCGUUUUAUCAUGGUUCCGGAUUCUGGGCAUUAUGUUAUUGCUUAUUAGAAGGACAUCAGACCAUUAUAAUGGAACGUUUUCAUCCAGCAAUAAUGUUAAAUCAUAUUGAAAAGUACAAGAUCGAUACAUUAAAUGUAGUACCGGCAAUACUCGAGAGUCUCUGCCAGGAUGAAAUUCAAACUAAGUGUUGGGAUUUGUCAUCAUUAACGACUGUAUUAUGUGGAAGUGCUCCUUUGGGUAAAGAACUUAGCAAACUAUUUCUGCACAAAUUCCCUCAUGUGAUUAAUUUAAUACAAGGAUACGGUAUGACGGAAUUGGUAGUUCUAAGCCAUAUAACACCGCUGGAUACACCGAUUGAUAAUGACAGUUAUUUAGGAAGUUGCGGAAAACUGUUACCUGGUUUCGAGUCUACGCUGCUGGAUGAAGAAACUGGUGCAGUCCAGAAAGAGCCGUGGAAACCUGGUGAACUCUUGUUACGAUCAGAAGCGAUCAUGAAAGGUUAUUUGAACGAUACAGAAGAAACCAAAAAAGUUAUUGAUAGCAACAAAUGGUUACAUACUGGUGAUGUAAUGUGUUUUGAUUCCAACAACUUUUAUUUCGUAGUCGAUCGAAAAAAGGAUUUAAUCAAAGUAAACGGCAUGCAAGUGUCAUCAAUUGAACUGGAGGAUAUCUUGAAACGCCACGAGAGUGUCAGCGAUGCAGCUGUUGUAGGUGUACCGGAUAAGCAUCACGGACAGGUUCCAAAAGCAUUUGUUGUAUUGGUGAAUGAUGAAGCGGUUGGCUUACAGUCCGUGAAUCUCAUCAAAUAUUUAAAUGAUCGGGUGGCACCUCAUAAGCAACUGCGUGGUGGUAUACAAAUAGUACGUGGACUGCCAAAAACGCCAAAUGGUAAAAUAUCACGGAAAGAUUUGCUGAACGUCAAACUUGAAUAG